ACAAACGAAGCCAUAAAUACAAGAAGAGCCUAGGGUUCGAGUAAUCUUGUUUCCUUUGGCGAGCGGGCGUAUCGCAGAGGCGGGAAAAAUAUGCCGGGCCUGACCUGCAACUCCUGUAACAAGGAAUUCCAAGACGAUGCCGACCAGAAGCUCCAUUACAAGUCCGAGUGGCAUCGCUACAAUCUCAAACGCAAGGUUGCUGGGGUUCCAGGAGUGACGGAGGCUUUGUUUUUGGCUAGGCAAGCUGCACUGGCACAAGAGAAAAAUAAGUCCAGUCAUACUCCAAUGCUCUAUAGCUGUGGCAUUUGUGGCAAAGGAUAUAGAAGUGAUAAAGCACAUGCUCAACAUCUCCAGUCGCGAAGCCAUAUCCUGAGGGCUUCGCAAGGGUUGAACCUUGAAGAUGGGGAAAACACAGUUAUUAGACCACUACCACCUCGUGUUCAGAAGAGGCCCACUCCACAAAAGGAGUCGGGUAUUGCAGAAAGCGAAGAUAGUGAAGAUGAGUGGGAAGAAGUGGAUUCGGAGGAUGACUUGGUUGGGGAAGCUGCAAACUCUUUGCAUGAACUGAAUGUGAAUGAGCUGUCCACCGACCAUAUAAUGGAAGAUGGUGAUGAUGGUGAUGAUUUCUGCGAAGUGGAUCCAUCAUGCUGCUUUAUGUGUGAUCUCGAGCAUAAUGGCAUAGAAUUGUGUAUGGUUCACAUGCACAAGCAACAUGGGUUCUUCAUCCCUGAUGUUGAGUAUUUGAAUGAUCCAGAAGGACUUCUUACAUACCUUGGCCUUAAGGUGAAAAGGGAUUUAAUGUGUUUGUACUGUGAUGAGAGGCGUCAUCCCUUCAGCAGCUUAGAGGCAGUUAGGAAACACAUGACAGCAAAAAGUCAUUGCAAAGUUCACUAUGGAGAUGGUGGUGAUGAUGAGGAAGCAGAGUUAGAAGAGUUCUACGAUUAUAGCAGCAGCUAUGUGGAUGAGGAUGGGAAACAACUGGUUGCCUCAGGUGAUGUGGGAAAUUCUGUAGAACUUGGAAGUGGUGGAUCUGAACUCGUCAUUACCAGAAGAUCAGAUGGUGGAGUUGCAACCAAAACACUUGGCUCACGGGACUAUUUGCGAUACUACCGCCAGAAACCCCGUCCAUCGACUGGGAAUGAUGCAGCAAUUACUGCUGCACUGGCCUUGAGGUACAGGAGUAUGGGAUUAACUACAACUGUACAGUCAAGAGAACAGAUGAUCAGGCUGAAGGUGAUGAGAGCGAUGAAUCGAUCAGGAGUGGAGGCUAUGCGCACCAAAAUCGGGAUGAAGAGUAAUGUCAUAAGAAAUCUGCCGAAAAAUGUUCCACAUUAGGAAAGGGGAUUUUGUGUAUCUGUCAUGUUUUUCAUGGCCUAGUAUACACAAGUAUGUAAAUUUCCCUUAAGAAAUCAGGCUUUCUGCCUUUUGGUGCAAAAGGAUCUUUAUUUCUUAAUACGACAUUGAGCAGUAUCUGAUUUUCAA